AUGACCUGCGUGCUUGCUUGGAUCCUUCCGGCUGUCGCUGCGAUACUGGAGAGCAUCGUCGCUAUCUUCUUGCUGGUGUGGUGGCGCCCGAACCUCCCUAGCCUCAAGAGAACGAUCCGGCGGCCCAACGAGACCAUCAGGCCGAGCCUCGCGCCGGAGAUUCGGUUGCCCAACGAGGUCGGGAAGAAGGUCUUUCAUGCUUGGAGUGUGGUCAUUCACGGUCACGGGCCCAUGUUCCCCAUCCGGGUGACCCUUCCCAAGGACGCAGCUUACAACGCCCACAAGAACUUCAUGGGCUUGCGGGAGCAGGUGAUCCUGAGCCAGGCCAAGGAGCACUGCCGGCACUGCAGCCACAAGAGUGGAGGCCUCUUCUCAGGCACGUGCAAACACAAGGCUGAAGGCCCCAACAAGGACCUGAUCCCACCACGAGGACGCGGGAGCUGGAAGAAGUCCUGGGCUUUCAAGUGGAAGUUUGGUCUCAACGAAGCCUGAGUAUCAUAAGGCACCGUGACCGUACAGGCUCAGUGCUGACAGGCCGCGCGGCCCAGGCAGUCCGUCGG